AUGUUAGAAAAGACAUUCUCCAAUGACGAGUUAGAUAUGGAACUGACUUCAUUCAUAGAUAAUAAACAAAGUAUCUGGUUCAAGGGUAAAGAUAUUGCCCAGAUCCUCGGAUACAGUGACACAGACCAAGCUGUUAGAUACAAUAUUGAGCCUGAGGACCGAAAAAGCUACCCCGUAAAUUGUACGGGUCAGUUCAGGCACCAAAUUUUUAACAACGAGUCUGGAUUUUACCCCUUGCUCCUAUCUUCAAAGCUAAAAACAGCUAUAAAAUUCAAGCAUUGGGUAACAUCAAAAGUGCUCCCAUCCAUAAGAAAAUAUGGCCAAUACAAACUAUUUGACAAUCCCAAUAACAAAAUGUUUAAAAUUGAAAAUGAAACCGAUCUACAUUGUAAAGUAGUUGAUUAUGUCCGCAGAUUUUAUCCAGAAGCCAUUAUUGUUGCAGGCCUAGGUGAUCUA